ACUAUUUUGGUAACGCGCAGGUGGAGCCGGCGCAGCAACAGCUGCAUCCGGUUUGCACUCUUGCACAGAAGUUUGCAGCUUUUGCGGCUUUUCUUUCCCGCUAACUUUCUGCACAGAAUGAGACCCGUUACGGUAGACACCUGAACUUAACUACGUCGUGGCAUUUUAUAAAUAUGAACUGCUAUUUUAUGGUAAUUAGCUUUAUAAAAGUAAGCUAGCUUCAAAGAAGUGACGGGGGACGUAUGUCAGGAGUAAACAGAGCUAAAUGUCAACAUUAGCUUGACACGAAUUCUAUAUUUAGUUUUGUAUACGAGAUUUGGACUCGACAUGUAUGCAGGAUUCAGCUGUGAUGGUUGAACGUCUUAUUUAACAUCAGAGUGAACCAUGGUGCCGUUAAAGAGAAGAAAGGUCGUCUCCUCCGGUGCUGCUGGGGACACCGGGAGCGACCGCCCCGGUGAGGAAGUACCGACCAGGUUCCCGCAGGUUGUUCUCUUUCUGUUGGAGAGAAGAAUGGGAGCCAGUCGUAGAGCUUUCCUCUCUCAGCUCGGCCGAAAGAAAGGCUUUCAGGUGGAGGAGCUGUUCAGUGAGAGAGUCACACAUGUUAUCUGCGAGAACAACUGUGGUGAUGAGGUGCGGACGUGGCUGCGCUCGCAGGUCGGGGCUCGAACAUCCGCUCAGCUGCUGGACAUCAGCUGGUUCACAGAGAGCAUGAGAGCAGGACGUCCUGUAGAAAUACUGGACAGACAUAAAGUACAGGAGCAGCAGAUUGAUGAAGCGGAGGUUAUGGCGUUCUCUGUGCCCAGCUACGCCUGUCUGAGAAGAACCACUUUGGACAACCACAACCCCAUCCUCACCGAUGCGCUGUCGCUGCUGGCUGAAAACGCCGAGCUCAGUGACGAGGAUGGGCGAGGCGUUGCGUUUCGGCGGGCCGCCGCCGUGCUGAAGGCUCUCCCCGAGACGGUGACGGCCGUGACGCAGCUCAGAGGGCUUCCCUGUCUCGGAGGACACUCACUCCGAGUCAUCAGAGACAUUUUGGAGAAUGGAGCGUCAAGUGAAGUUGAAUUUACAAAGCAGUCUGAACGGUUUAAAGCACUGAAGGUUUUAACGGGUAUUUUUGGAGUUGGAGCAAAAACAGCAGAGCGGUGGAUCAGAGACGGGAUACACAGCCUUCACCAGUUGCAGGAAUCGGGACAAACGCUCAAUCGAGCGCAACGAGCAGGUCUGGAGCACUACGAUGACCUGAAGCAGCCGGUCACAAAGGCGGAGGCCGACGCCAUCGGAGAGAUCGUGGAGAAAGCUGUCGUGUCCGUGUUACCCGGGGCUCAGAUCACUCUGAUCGGAGGAUUCAGGAGAGGGAAGCUGACGGGCCAUGAUGUUGACUUCCUGAUAACCCACCCAGAGGAGGGCCGAGAGGUGGGACUGAUGCCUAAAGUCGUCUCCUGGUUGGAAUCACAGGGUUUCCUGUUGUACCAGAAAACGACAAGAAACUCGUACCUGGAGGCUAAAGACGGUCCUGCUCGGCCCGCCUCCAACAUCGACCGCUUCGAGAGGUGUUUCUCCAUCUUUAAACUGGCCGACGAGGAGAAACGAGGAGCAGAAGAGACAGAAAAUCCACCUGAGGACAGGUGCAGGCUCGCUGCCCACUCGCAGGCUACAGACGAAGGACCGCAGCCGACGGAAGCUGCCGGCGGACCCAGGCGGUGGCGAGCCGUGAGAGUGGACCUGGUGGUCUCGCCCAUCAGCCAGUUUGCUUUUGCUCUGCUGGGCUGGACCGGAUCCAAGGAGGCUGCAGUCCAUCAGGACCAAAUCCUCAGACCCUCAGCAGUCAGCCUCACCAACAAGGCUCGGUUGUUUGAGAGAGAGCUGCGACGCUGGGCGGGGCACGAGAAGGCCAUGUCUCUGAGCAGCCACGCUCUCUACGACAACAAACAGGGUAGAUAUCUGAGAGCUACAUCAGAGGAGGAGAUAUUUACUCAUCUUGGUCUGGAGUACAUUCCUCCGUCAGAGAGAAACGCCUGAUGACCUCCAACACGCGGAGCAAGCAGGUACAACCUGGGGUUCAUAACCUGCACGCAGAACUGUUAACGGCGACGCCAAGUGGACCUUUAUAUUUACCUCCUGAAUCAUAAAUAACACGUCUUUGAGUUUAACCCCUCUGAGGACUCAGGGCAUUUUCACAUAGCUUUUCUUAAAAUUAACGUUUUAAGGUAUUUGCAUGAAACUGAUCCCCAGGUGUUUCACAUCAAAAUGUUCAGAACAAACUCAGCUCUCCGUAUAGUGGCGCCCACAUUGUUUCUAGAGCGAUGUGUGAAGAGAUAAUUUGGCGCUAAAGCUGCAACGUUGAUGUUGGCCUUUUGAAAUUCCUAAAAUCUCUUUUGAAAACAACAUUUUUUAUAAUAUUUCUAUUUCAUCCUAUAUAACGUAAUUAUCGUAACGAAAGCAUUUAAGUAGGGCUGCAGCUAACGAUUAUUUUCAUAGUCGAUCAAUCUGUCCAUUAUUUUCUCGGUUAAUCCAUUUGUUGUUUGGUGUGUAAAAUAUCAGAUAAUGGGGAUCGGUGUUUCCCAAAUGUCUUGUUUUUGUCCACAACUCAAAGAUAUUCAGUUCACUGACACAGAGGAGAGAAGACUCUAGAACA